UUUUUGAAAUACUGUCAUUGCAUUGAAUUCAGUCGGUUGUCCCUUUUAAUUAUUUUAGAUUGAAGUACAGCCAGGAGUCACUGCUGAUGCUCAGGCAAAGUCCAGGAAUUUUCGACGCCAGCUGCUAAGGAAGGAUGUUAUGAAGUGUUGCCAUUUCAUGCUAGAUAUUACUCAGCUUCUGUCUAAAGUCUCCUUUGCUGCACAACUGUCCAGCUCAACAGUGGCGGAUGUGAUGUCCGCGUCCAUUGCCUCUGUGAUUGCAACACUGUCAAAAUACCAAGACAAGAAGACAACCCCUAAGCUCAAAGACCUUGGGGAGGCCAACACUUUCAAGGGAGAGACAUUAACUGGAUCAGGGAACAUUGAGAAUACCAUCAUGAACGUUACUCAAGGUCUCCUGUCUUCCCUUCAUGGCAGGUUCAGUGAUAUGACCAGCGGUCUGCUUCAUGCCCUUCGGAUUUCCAGCUUCAAAUUUUGGCCAGCAAGCAAAGAUGAAAUGCAAAACUUUGGAAAUGAAGAGUUGAGAGUCCUUGUCCAACAUUUCAAGCCGACUCUACAAACUGCAAAUGUUAUCUUGGAUGAGGUGGAGAUGGAAUGGGAUAUGCUGAAGAGCAACAUCAGGGCAUUUAGGCGAACUCCGCUCAUGGUGCUUCUGAAUGGAGACUUAAUAAAUCUCAAGGAAGAAUUUGCCCUCUCUACACCACAGCUGGUCACAGGUUUUAGCAUCACUAGAUGCAAGAUCCUAUAA